AUGUUAAACGGCCAAGAAAGAGCAGCUCUUCAAAAAAGUGUCAAAUUUUUUUUUGUAAAAAACCCAAAAGCGACCAAAGCCGAAGCCGCUAACCAUUUUAUUAAAGAAGGAAUCGCUCGCAAAGCAGCAUAUAGAUAUAUCAAUCGACAGCUUGAUGGACAAUGUUUAAAAAUAAAAAAAAAUUCUGGUCGCCCGUCAUCGUGGACUCAAGAAAAAAAAGCGAAACUUAAAAGGUUGACCAACAAUCGAAAAGGUGUAAGUCAAAGAAAGCUCGCACGUAAAUUCAACGUAAAUCAAGCAACAAUUUGUAGACAAUUAGCCAAAAUGAACAUAAAAUAUCGGAAACGCGAAAAAACACCGAAAUACAAUGAUGAACAACGUCUAAGGGCACAAAAAAGAAGUCGAAAACUCGUCAAUCACCUCUACAAAGAACAAAGCGUUUUAAUUUUGGACGACGAAAAAUACUUUUGUUUUGCUGGCGAUGAAAUGCCUGGAAACGUCGGUUAUUACACGAACGACAAAGAAAAAUGUCUAGAAAAUGUUCGUUUUGAGGGAAAAGAGAAAUUUUCGAAAAAAAUUCUCGUUUGGAUCGCAUUAUCUGAGCGUGGAAUGUCGAAACCACUCUUCCGGUCGUCAACCUCGGCUGCAAUAAAAUUCGAAAUUUAUAUCAAAGAAUGCUUAGAGGAACGAUUGUUGCCAUUCAUAAAUAAGUAUCACGAUGAUUUAAAUUACAUAUUUUGGCCGGAUUUGGCUAGUGCCCAUAGAGCUAAAGAGGCAAUAUCGUGGAUGAAUGAAAUGAUUAACUUCGUGCCGGUCGAUAUGAACCCUCCUAAUGUCCCCAAAGCCAGGCCAAUCGAAGACUUUUGGGGAGUAUUGGCUCAGAAUGUGUAUGAGGGUGGAUGGGAGGCCAAAAGUGAACAACAACUGAUUCGGCGUAUUGAAGCCUGUCUGAAAAAAAUUGAUUUGACAUUUUUACAAUCCCUUAUGAAGGGUAUCAAAACUAAAUUGAGAUUAAUAGCCGAUCAAGACGUUCAAUCGAUUUACAAAAAAUAA